AUGUGUGGACAGCAAACUAGCAAAACGCUUGGAAGUCAGCCCAACAGUUCACAAACUAGUGGCAGGAAAGGUGAUGGCGCAAGAUUUGAGAGUUGUCUUCAAAAUUUUUUGCUGCUAUCUUCACAGAGCUCUCUUGAUGCACUUCUAUCGGUGGUUGCAUUGUGUGCAUGUUGGUCUCUCAGCUCGCUCAUCACAUCGAUUGAAUUCUCCACUCCAGCAACACCGCAAAAUAGUCAUAUAAAAAAAUCUCCUUUGUGGCAACAAAGGACCUGGCAACCUUCUUCUGGAAGCAAUAGGAAUGUUGAAUUUUUGAAUCGUUCAGCUGGUAAGGGUUCUGGGCAGCCUUUGUGGGGAAGUCCAAGUUAUCAUCACGUCCUUUCCGGUUCUCCAUCGAAAGGACAGAUGAGCUCAACCCCAAACAAGAACCCAGCCACAAACACAAUAAACAGACGCGUCAGUGAAGAUUUCUACUCUUCGUUCCACAAAACGCCGACGAGAAAAUUCUCGAAAAUGGAAUGGGAAGAUCUCACUCGAGAAUCCACCAGAGAAGCUCUCUCCGAUUGGGCCUCAACCCCCGAAGUUUCCAAAUGGAUCGCCGACAAUGCUCACCGGUUGAAGCUCAGCCAUGACAGCAGUUCUGAGGACACCAUGGGAAGCUCUUCGGGAUCAUCUGAAGAAACUGCGGUGGAGGAUGGUAACUGUCUAAGCCUUUUUAAAUGGUCUUUCGCUCUAUCAUCUUGAUCAUGUAAAUUUGUUUUUUUUUUUUACUUUUAGAAGCAUUUGGACUAACUGUGUAGCUACUGUUGAUCAUUUUUUUAUAGUUGUGGAGGCACUGGUAGAAAAUGUACCUGGAAAGGGUUUUCUACAGCAGUUUUUGGACUAAUCUGCUUGUUUUUGUUUAAUUCGCACUUCUUCUUACAAGUGUUUAUUAGCUUCUUGAACAGUUAUUGGUUCGAUAA